AUGGGCUUUGGGCCCUGCGGCCCGGAAACUCCAGUUUCCCAGACCCGGAUCUGGCCAUCAGCUAUCCUGGACAAAGACCCAGCGAGGACGCCCUUCACCCUGUCGCGGGAUGGCAGGGGGCGCCUCCUCCAGGCUGAUGGGAAACCCAAGGAUCAGGACGUGCUGGUUCUGAGCAACUGGCCCAACACUGUGUACAAGACACUUCACCAGCCCCAGUUCUCCCCUUUCAUCUGUUUCUAUUCCAUUGAUGACAACUACUUUGUCUCCUUAAACUGGAUGGAACCAAGUGCAAACAAAAUGAAGGCAGUACUUUGGAUACAGGAAGGAGACACGGACACCAAAGCAAUACUGAAGCAGCAGUUCCACGUGCGGGAUCACGUGCCACCGAUCCAAGCCAUGGUCCACGCGGGGCCCCGCCACAUCCUCAUUGCCUACUGCGACGACGUGUGCCUACGGCUCUUUGGGGACCACCAACAGGCAUUCACCCUGCUGGGAACUGUGCCCUGCCACUUCUACGUCAGCUGCCUCUGCUUUGACCCAGCGACCGAGGUGCUGCUCUCUGGCACCCUGGGUCCCGUGGUCACCUGGUUCAUCCUACCGAACGGCAGCGGCCUUCAGAUGGCACAGACCGUGCCCAUGCCUGAUUACGAGUUUGUCCAGGGUUUGUCCCUGAACGGCCCCCAGGGCUCCCUCCUGGCUUUUUGUGAGAAUAAGGUGAGGGUCUUCACCCACCAGGGCAAGGGACAACUGAAAGAGGUGAAGACGUUCUCUCCCCUCAGCGGCUCCCCCAUCACCUGCUCCUUCACCUGUGUCCCUCAGGGCUAUUCCUAUGCUGGCAACAAGGAUGGAGAGGUCCAUGCUUGGGGGCUAGCCCAGGGCAACUUCCUCCACAGCUUCCAGGCCCACUCCUCGUCGGUGCUAUGUGUCCACAGCCGGCCCGACACCUACACCUUGCUGACGGCAGGCGCCGAGGGCCUGGUGAAGGAGUGGAAUCUGGCUUUUGGGAACUUGCUGUGGCAGCUAGGAAAGCUGCACUUCAUCGACAACACCACCUUCUUCUGCCAGACGGGCUGCGCCUUCUCCCUGCACCACCUGCCCUACUUCUACACCCUCUUCCACGUGUGCGGCUCUGUGCCCCAGCACAUGCGGUGCGCCUGCUGUGGCCAUAACUGGGCCCGGAUCCUGUGUGCCUCCAAGGACGGCCUGCUGCACUUCCUGUCUCCCGUGACGGGGGAGCUCCUGGCGGUCACGUGGCCUCUGCAAGUCAUGGAGAAGGCCAAGGUGUGGGCCUAUGACUCCGCCAGCGAGGAGCUCUUCGUGGCAACCCACAGUCCGGAGGUGCUGGUGUUCGAUGCCACACGCUCCCCUUGCACAGUCAAGUACCUCCUGUGUACGUCAGUAAAACCCGGGGACAGAGUGCGAUGUCUGGCCUACGCGCAGUCCCGUUUGGGCAAGGGCCUGGAAGGACUGGUCUUCUGCGGCCAUGACAGUGGCGUCGUGAGGGUCCUCUCCCAAUACAGCUGCACGCGAGUGGAGAAGGCGCUGCAUGCCGGGCCGGUGCUGGCGCUGUCCUGAGGGACCCCAGAGGAGCCCCUGCUGUGCUCCUACGGCAUCGACACCGUGUACUUGACGGAAGCCGUGCUUCAGGAGAACGCGGUAACCCUGGAGCCCAUUAUCAAAAUCCUCUGUGGUUGCGCCCUAAAACACGUGAUUCUCUUGCCAGACUCCGUGGGCGCCAUCACUGAAAACCACUGCUGGCGUCUCUGGCACUUCCAAGAUUUCACCACAUCGUCGGGAUUCAAACAGAGCUCCGUCUUUCAAGAGACAAAGAGCCUGCACCCGUGUGCCAUCGUGUCCUUUGACGUCUGCCUCUCCCUGAAGCUCUUUGUCACGGGGGGUACUGAUGGCAAAGUCCGCAUCUGGAACUGCCAGGGUAGACUCCUGACUGAGCUGAAGUCAGCCUUGCAGUUUGGCCCGCUUUGCUUUGCCAACAACCGGGGCGACCUGCUUCUGGCCUUCAACCACAGCCUUUACAUGGUAUCUUGCUUAAAACUGCUCCCGCAUGCAGAGCUGACUCUCCUCUCUAGCCUCGACGGUGCGGAUGAAAUACAGGAAGUGCCCAAGCCCUUUCUGCCCAGCUUCCUUUAUUCAUUCAAGACAGUAUUUGUGCCCAAAUUUGUGUACCUUGAACAAGGGCUGCAGGAAUUCCAGGGACUCGCGGCCCUUGCUAACAAACGGGUCAUCGCCUUUGACAACAUCGUGCCUCACGUAGCAGAGGAAGAGAGACGGCUGUCCCCUGGGAUUCAAGAGCAGCCCAAAUUACACUUUGUGGAAAAGGAGAAGGACCCCAAUUUGUCUUCCACUGACCUGACGAGGCAAUGGCCCAUCACUCCUGACGGCUACAUCCCCAAUUCAGUGAUCCGAGCCCGCCUCUGGCCAGAGGGCACCCCCGUUAUACUAUGCUGUGGUGUGGACCCAGCCUACAGAGGCAAGGACAAGGACAUGAAGGAGAUCUUCAGACAGGCACAGCUGCUAAUGGCGACUCUAGCGAAGAAGAGCAUCUCGGCGACUAAGCAGAGGUAUAAGUUCAUGUCUGCUCUACAAGCCUACUCUGCUAUUCUUGAAAACCUGACAAAACGAAAUUGGAUAGGAAGACAAUUCAGUGAUGAAUUUAUAAAUAACCUAAUUGAGAUCAUCCUCAACCUCACAACUAGCUGUGCUGUGGAGAAAUUCAGGAAAUAUAUUAAUGUCCUGGAAAAACUUUUUGCCCUUUAUCAGAUCCCUUCAGGGCUGCGGCUGGAGGCUGCCUGUCGCCUGCUGGAAGACACAGCCGACUGCAACCCACAGAUCCGCGUGCUGAGCUGGGAGGGGCUCGAGCGGCUGGAUAUCACGAACCGCCUAUUCACUGUCCCGCUGGCCAUGGGGCUGAUGGACUGUGACGACAAUGUGCGGGAUAAAGCCUUACAACAUUUUAUAAAGGUCACAGGCAUCGACAAUAAGACCAUGCUGGUAGACCUGCUGAGGAAACAAGAAACUUUCCAAGAACUACAGUGA